GUCAGGCUUUCAAUGUCCAAACCAUUAAAGAUUUGCAUCUUAACGGAAUGGUUGGUUAGGUCCAUGCUAUGACUGUUGGAAAUGGAAUGCUUUUCGCUGGGAGAAGUUCUGGUAGCAUAUCUGUCUGGAAAGCAACUGACACGAGUCUGAUCCUUUCACAUACCACACAUCUCUCGAGGGACAUCAUAGUGGUCAAGUCACAUGUUUUAUUGUUGGAGGACAGCGACUUUACUCUAGCUCUGUAGAUAAAAUAAUAAAGGUGACACUGGAAUGUAUAAUGACUCUGUGGCAACAUACCAACACUGUCACGUCGCUCUUAUGUUGGGAUCAGUUUCUGUUGUCAUCCUCCUUGGAUGGAACAAGAAAAGUCUGGGCUUGUUUGGAAAAUGGCAGCUUGAAAGUUACUAGUACGCGCAGACAAGCACUAAGUGUUCAUGCUCUUUAUGGGAUGCACGACGCAGAGGGCAAACCGAUCAUGUUCUGCUCUUACCAAAACAGAUCAGUCAUUUUGAAGAAAGAGGAAAGAAUUUCUCGACGCACACGAUCGAGACAAUCACAGUUUGGUCCUGAAAGCUUGUUAUUCAGUGGGGACAAGAGUGGGAAGCUACGUGUUUGGAACUCAGCUGCCACCAAAGUUUAGCCGUUUUACAUUUUCCGACCAAAACUCUUUUGUAUCUAAAUUUGAAUUAAUUUGUACAUAACAUUCGUAACCUUAAUACAUGGUGGUGGUACUUAACACUAGUUUGAGAUUGAUAACCAUCUCUCGGUAGCGGCAAUGUAAAGC